AUGGAACCUUGGGCAGCUGUACUCAUUGCUUUCUCUUGGCUUUUCUUCAUGGUAGUCCUUUUGGCUUGCCUCCGUUGUGGUUGCGGCGUCGGGAUUUCUGGGGGCGGCGGCGGUGAUAGGGGUCAUGGUGGCAUCGAAGGUGGUCAUGGCGUGAGUAUAGACAUUGGCGGCGGUGAUUGGGGUGGCGGAGGCGGUGAUUUCGGUGGUGGAGGAGGUUGCGAUGGCGGUGGCGGUGGAGGAUUUAGUGGCGGAGGUGGCUGUGAUGGUGGCGGUGGCGGAGGCGGAGGCGGCGGCGGAGGGGGCUGUGAUGGCGGAGGUGGAGGUGGGUGUUGA